AUGGAAACCCAAAGGCUAAGAGACAAACUCAUAAUGAGAGAUCAGCAAAUUAAAGACAUGGAAUCUCAGAUUCUCGAUUUUAAAAGCAAAAUAGAUGCUAAAUCUUCCUUGAUGUAUCAAUUGGAGCAGCAAUCAGAAACCUUGGACACAAAAAUCAAGAGAAAGGAAGAACAGCUUGAGAGCGAGCUUCAAGAAAAGGAAGAAUUGCUGAAAACUUUAGAAGAGCUUGAAGAACAAUUCGAGUCAAGAGCAAAUGCGAAAAACCCGAAAGGAAUGCGAACUAAGAGUGAAGACAGCAUGAAUGUCACUUCUGCAUAUAUUGAAUUUUAUCAGAGCAUGCAAAAAGAGCAAUCAGCUCGUAAGGAGCGGUAA